GUCGGGGCUCUCCACCUGUUUCUGUCUCUGUUUAUGGCAUACAACGUGAGUAUACUGCAGUCUGCACCGUGUUCGCCGGUAAGGCGUAGAGGCCUGAGUAGUUCGAUGGUUCGGACAUAAAUAGAUCUGUCGUUUUCUAUAUAACCCUCUAGUUCUUGUCCUACUGCAUAUAAUUCUGUCAACAGACUUGUCCUUCGUUCCAGAUCCAUCUAAACACUCUCGUUAAUACUUGCAAAAAUGCAUCUCACUCUCGUUACUUCUCUGCUGCCCCUUGCGGUCUCCGUUGGAGCCCUGUCCGUGACUGAGCCCAAGAAGGGCGCUGAGGUCGACCCUUCGGACUCCUUCACUGUCAAGUGGGAUUCCGUCAGCACUGAUCCCUCUUCCUUCGAUAUCUACCUCGUCAACAACGCCGUCUACCCGAGCGUCGAUAAGAAGAUUGCCUCCGAUGUUGACGCUUCUGACGGCUCUUACACCGUCGAUGGCCUCUCCGGACUGACUGAUGGCCACGGCUUUCAGAUCAACCUAUUCUCCAACGAGGACAAGAACACCGGCAUCCUCGCCCAGUCUGAGCAGUUCAACAUGACCGGUGAUGCCUCUAGCACCUCGUCCACCAGCUCCACCAGCUCCUCGAGCACCUCAACCAGCGCGUCCUCCAGCUCUUCCAUCCCCAGCAGCAGCGCUUCUUCCACAAAGACCGAGUCCACCUCCGCCAGCUCUACAUCUGACUCUGACUCCAGCUCCACCUCGGGCGCUGGGUCUUCCUCGGCUUCUUCGUCUGGUGCUGCUCCUAGCUCUACCGGUGUUCCCUCGGUCGAUGACAACGCCGGUGCUGCCCUCGGCGCCCCGUUGACUGUUAUUGCUGGUCUUGUUGGUGCUGCCUGUGCCUUCAGCCUGUAAGGGAUACAUCUGCAAGGCUGAGUGGGCUCAAUGCAAAUACCGUAUGAACGGUACGAUUCCAUAGGUCCCAGUUGAAAGAAAGUGGACCGGUGGAAUGGUAGGGCUGUGGGUUACGGAUACCUAAUAUUAUACUUGUUUUGUUAUGUGGAG